CAAAAGAGUAGAUUAAAAUCUUUUUUUUUUUUUACAUUAUUAGAAUUAAAUCUAAUAUAUAGAUCUAAUUAAAGUAAUGCUUUAAUCAAACUAAAUUAUUUGUAAAGUAUUACCUGUAUGAAUAUAAUAUUGAUUUAGAUUGAUUCCAAUGUACUAUUGACUAGUUACAAAUAAAACGUUAGUGAGCGAGAGUUUUACCACACUAGUUUACAAAAAUAGAAAGGAGCACACAUAUUUUUGACGUCACUGCCUUUUCCGCAGCGGCCAUCAUAAUAUUGAUACCUCGUGGGGAUCAUACCCACAUUUUCAAGAUUAAACAAAAUGAAUCCAGAAAAGUUAAAGCAACUUCAAGCCAAAGCUGAUGUUGUCCGCAUAGGGGGCAAGGGAUCAGCAAGAAGAAAGAGAAAAGUUAUUCAUCGUACAGCCACCACAGAUGACAAGAAAAUUCAAUUCUCAUUGAAGAAAUUGUCUGUGAAUGUAAUUCCUGGAAUUGAAGAGGUUAACAUGAUUAAGGAAGAUGGCCAGGUGCUUCACUUUAAUAAUCCUAAAGUUCAAGCUUCAUUGGCUGCAAAUACAUUUGCCAUAACAGGGCAUGCUGAGAACAAACAAAUAGCUGAGAUGCUGCCAGGAAUUUUGAAUCAGUUGGGUGCAGAAAGUUUAAGUAGCUUGAAAAAGUUAGCGUCCACUGUAGCUAGUGCUGCUGACAGCAACAAACAGACAACAGCUGAUGUUGAUGAUGAUGAUGAUGUCCCUGAACUUGUUGAGAACUUUGAUGAAGCAUCAAAAGAUGAAAAUGUUUGAGUUAUGGAUAUCCAGUGUCUCAAUGACACUCAGAAGUGUACAGCUUUUAUUUCGUAUUAAACUUAUACACAUGCACACCACAAAGACUCUGCCCCUUUGUGAUUGGUGUAGUCUGCAUUGCUGCAAAAUGGUUCAUCUGGUUUGAUAUAUGAAUGAAGAAUUCAAGUUUUGUGUAAAAGAUGUAGCAAAUGUUUGUUUUGUAAUAUCUUAUUCAUUUAGAAGUGGUGUUUUUUUUUUUUUUUUGUUUUUUUUUUUUUUUGUGUUGUUUGUACCAGUACUGAUGGUCCUGUAUGGUUGCAGCCAAAGGAAUUAAACAUUUUUCUUUUCUCAGAAUUCACAAAUUUUAUUUUCUAAUUUUGUCUGAUAAUGUGUUUGAAUGGUCUGUGUUAAUGAAAGUAAUGGGAUGAUUUGCUAUUAAUAAUUUUUUUUACUACUAUUGGCAAGCAAAUUGAAAUUUGAGUGAUUAAAAAUUAGUAUCAAAGUUUUAUAA